AAAAUUACACGCGUGACGAAGUGGCAGUCAGUUGAGUGCCCCGCCUUUUGGGACCAGCAAAAAGAACAAAAUCAAACGUCAACCCUACAGCAGUCAAGGAUACUUCCCAGUCGCAUCAUUUCCCGCACUCUCGCACGACUUUGGAGGGGGGUUCGCUCUUUGCACAAAAAACUCGAUCACCAACUUACAAACGGUCUACAACCCGAUCAAAGCGUCGACACAUCAGUUGACUUGUUCAGUCCGACUCUCCAUCGCGAAUUUUAUCCAUUCAACCCCCCCGCCUAUCUUGGGUGCCGAGCCGAAGCUUUUCAUAAUCUCCCCCCCAGUUCAAAAGUCCCACGUUACCUCCCAAGCUUGUGUCUGUCUAUUAGACAUGUGCGCGCGGAGGUAGUCGCCUCAACCUCACCGCCCGAGAGUCCCAACUAUGCUGGAUGAACUAGCAAAGGGCUGCCGUUCAACCGCAGCUGACUAACCUGGAUAACCUAAAACUGGAAACCCCCAAUAUCCACGAGGCAAAUUCCCGCCGAUUCGCCAUCCUCCUUCUCGAAACUUAAAAACUCCCAUUCCUCUCGCCGGCUGUGGCGUAACCAGGCAAUAUGGAUGCGCAGAUCGAGAACGCGAUCCAAAUAGCCUGGGACCCUCAGUCCGACCCCUCUCUGAAGAGCCAAGCCUUCGAGUUCUUGCAGCAGCUUCGAGCAGACCCCUCUGCUUGGCACAUAUGCUCAACACUUUUUACCAAGUCACCACGGUCGGCCGACGUGGUUCGUCUUGUGUCUCUCGAGAUCGUUAACCUGGCCGUGCAAGUCCAGCAGCUCGACGCUGCCAGCCUCGCGUUCCUCAAGGAUUCUUUGCUAGACUAUGUCAGGCGAACUUAUGGCCCGGGUGCUCAGGAUGAGCCAGAUGUUCCCAGCUUGCAGAACAAGCUCACACAGACUCUGACAUAUCUGUUUGCACGCUUGUACAAAUCAGGCUGGGAAACUUUCCUCUCGGACUUUCUUGCCCUGACGGCCUCGUCGGAGGGCAAUCCUCGCCAGAGGGACAACGUCCGGGGUGUUACUCUGUACCUGCGAAUCUUAGGCUCCGUACACGAUGAGAUCGCCGACAACAUGCUGGCCCGCCAGGGCAACGAAGGCAAGCGUAACGCCGAGCUCAAGGAUGCCAUUAGAGAACGGGAUAUGCGGAUGGUGGUCGAGUCGUGGCAGGAUUUGCUUUCGCAGUAUACCGGACGGGACGACGCUAUCCUGGAGCACACACUAAAGGUCAUGGCCAAGUGGGUUAGCUGGAUCGACAUAUCCCUAGUAAUCACCCAGGACAUGCUCAACUUGCUGUUCCCGCUUAUCGGAUGUGUAAACCCCCAAGGUGGAGCCGACAUGGUCCGAGACGCAGCAAUCGAGGCGUUCACCGAGAUAGCAGGCAAGAAAAUGAAGCCCGUCGACAAGACGGAGCUCAUCAGCUUCUUGAACCUGCGUCAAAUCAUCUCGGAGCUCGUCGCCAGCCCACCCCUGAGCCAGUUCCGUGGCACUCACAGAUACGAUAGUGACCUGGCAGAAUCCGUGGCAAAGUUGGUCAAUGUGGUCGUUACGGAUGUUGUCAAGGUUCUAGAGGACGGAUCUGUGGGAGAGGAGUCCCGGGCAAAGGCUGGACAGCAUCUGCAAGAUUUCCUACCGCUGCUGCUACGUCUUUUCUCGGAUGAAUACGACGAGGUCUGCUCAACAGUCAUCCCGUCCCUUACAGAUAUCCUUACGUUUCUGCGCAAGGUCCCCGAGCUACCCGAUAGCUACAGAGAAAUGCUGCGCCCUAUCAUGGAUGCCAUUGUCGCCAAGAUGCGAUUCGACGAGACGUCACACUGGUUCGAAGGCGAAGAAGCUGAAGAGGAGGCCGACUUCCUCGAGCUACGUAAGCGCCUGCAGAACCUCCAGAAGAGUGUAGCUGCUGUGGACGAGAACUUGUUCAUCGACGUCAUGAGCAAUCUCGUAGCAACUACGCUACAGAACCUGGACGAGCGAGGUGCACAGAUGGACUGGCGGGACAUAGAUCUCGCGCUGCACGAGCUGCUCCAGUUUGGGGAAUUGGCUCUGCCCAAUCAAGGGUUGGCUGCCAAAAGUCAACCAUCCAGCAACGCUGCGGAGAGGCUGAAUGUCAUUAUGCGCAAGCUGGUAGAAUCAUCUAUCGCCGACUUUCCCCACCCAGCAGUUCUGCUCCAGUACAUGGAGGUCUGUGUUCGUUACUGUGUCUUCUUCGAGACCAACCAUUCCUACAUCCCUCGAGUGCUGGAGAACUUUGUUCGUUUGGUCCAUUACGAUCUCACAAGGUUUCGAGUGCGGUCCUGGUAUCUGUUCCACAGGUUCGUGAAGCAGUUGCGGGCUCAGGUUGGCAACGUAGCCGAGACGAUAAUACAAUCGAUCGCGGAUCUUUUGCCUAUCAAGGCCGAAGUUUCUGCGGAAGACGGCUCCGAGGAUGACAUGUCAUCGGACCAAACCGACAACUCCGCCGACGCCAUCUUCAACAGCCAGUUGUACCUGUUUGAGGCCAUUGGCUACAUUUCAUCCACUUCGGCCACCCCGGUCGACAAGCAGGCUUUGUAUGCAAGGUCAGUAAUGGAGCCAUUAUUCAGAGACAUGGAGAACCAUCUGGAGAAAGCCAAAUCGGGUGAUGCACAAGCCAUUCUACAGAUUCACCACGUCAUCAUGGCGUUAGGUACUUUGGCCCACGGCUUUGGAGAUCAUGCGAAGCCAGGACACCAGCGACAGGCACCCGACAAGCUUGUGUCUGCUGAGUUUGCCAGGGCGGCCGAGGCCAUUUUGAUUGCCCUUGGGCAGCUCAAUUCUCGUAUGGAUAUCCGCGCCGCCUGCCGCUCGGCCUUCUCCAAACUGCUCAACGUCCUUGGCUCGGCCGUGCUUCCGCAGCUUCCGCAGUGGAUCGAGGGUCUUCUUUCACAAAGCUCAUCCAAGGAUGAGAUGGCCAUGUUCCUUCGUCUACUAGACCAGGUCGUUUAUGGGUUCAAGACGGAGAUUUCCGAUGUUCUCAACUUGCUCCUCACGCCACUUCUCCAAAGAGUCUUUGGGGGGCUCGCCGAGCCCAUCAAUGGCACCGACGACGAGAUCCAACUAGGGGAGCUGAGGAGGGAAUAUCUCACUUUCCUGCAGAUCAUCCUGGACAAUGACUUGGGGGCAGUCCUGGUCAGUGAAACGAACCAGGGUUUCUUUGAGUCGAUCAUCUCGUCCGUUGUGACUUUGGCCAAGACUGGUGGUCAUGUCAACAUGGUAGCUAGCCGUCUUGCUUUCUGCACUUUGUACAGGAUCGUGGGCGUCUGGGGAGGCCCGGAUGUGGCCAAUAUCUCUGCCAAUCCAUCAGCUCCCACGGGCACUCCGACCCCGGCAAUUCCGGGUUUCGACCAGUUUAUGAUUGAACGCUUCCACCCUGUCUGCUUCGAGGUGCUGCAAGACCCGCAGUUCAACCCGAGCAAGGACGCCCAGUCCAAACAGGUGCUGAACGAAAUAGCAGCAUUGGAGCAGGCCAUUUACGUGAAAACGGGCAAUUCCUUUAUUAGCCAUCUUCAGUCCUCGCUAUUUCCUGCGCUAGGUAUCGACGGGACCGAAUUCCUUCGAUGCAUGACCACUUCGACCGAUAAAAAGACGUUUGGAAACUACCUACAAAACCUAAUCAAGAACCGGAGGUAGGAAUUUCCGUAUGGCAGAUCGGGUGGGUAGAUAUCAGGUAUUUCAAUGAUAAUGAGGACGGAUGUGUAGGCUGCGGAGGCGGAAUAUCCCCACUUGACUUUUGACCUUUUUUCCUCUUCUUCUUUGAACAUAUUCCAAGCAGCGCUUCUGACUGGCGAGUUAGGAAAGAUAAAAGAAACAAAAGAUUGUGCCACCUUUUGGCCUAACGUAUUAUAUAUCACAUCAAUAGACGUGUCCAGGAGAUGUAGUUGCCAAGUUUUUUACGCCUUGAGAGACGUCGACGUUGAUUUGCCUCGAUCAAAAAAAAACAAUAUCAAUAC